AUGACCAGCUCUAAUUCUGAUGAUCGCAAUAUUUUCGUCUCACCGUUUUUGAAUUUCGACCCAUCUAUUUUGAUCUCGAAUCCCGAAGAGCAAUUCAUCUUUCCUGAAGGGGAGAAACGUCGAGGUCGCUUUGAGCGAUCGUUUUCCGAAAUCGGAGCUAUGGUUAUUGGGGGUGCAUCUGUUGGGGGGAUCAAAGGAUUAUACAGUGGUUUUAAAGAUUCAGAAAUAAAGAAUCUUCCGACACUUGCUAUCAGACGAACUCAAAUGCUGAAUCAUCUGACUAAAUCCGGAGCAACACUUGCUCAGACUGCAGGUUCGAUAGGGUUUAUAUAUGCUGUGGCAGAUUUUUUGAUCUACAAAUUACGUGGUAAUGCAGAAGAUGAGAUAAAUACAAUGGCAGCAGCUACGACUACCGGUUUGGUGUAUACCUCUCCUGGAAUGUUUAAACCAGGUGGCUGGAAACGUUGCGGCUUUGGUGGGGUAGCUGGAUUUGCUGUUGGUGCGAUCGCUGUUACUGUUACAAGCUGGUCUAGAAUAAAACAUAUGCUUGGUGGAUAA